GCGACCCUUGACCGUCAUCACUCCCAGAUCCGAGGAACAACUCGGCAGUUACAGACCAUGAACAUCGUGGGCCAGCUGGCGGAGACGGUGUUUGUGACGGUGAAGGAGCUGUAUCGGGGCCUUAACCCAGCCACGCUCACCGGAGGUAUCGACGUCAUUAUUGUGCGGCAGCCAGAUGGAUCAUUCCAGUGUUCCCCUUUUCACGUUCGCUUCGGCAAGCUAGGCGUUCUGCGCUCCAAGGAGAAAGUGGUGGAUAUUGAGAUCAACGGAGAGCCAGUUCACCUGCACAUGAAACUGGGGGACAAGGGAGAAGCUUUCUUUGUGGAGGAAAAUGAGGAUAUGGAGUCCAGAGUCCCAGCCCAUCUCUGCACCUCCCCAAUCCCCAUUGAGCUGCCAGAGGAGGCCGAGGAGACCGUGGAGUCUAGUGCUGGAGGAGGCAACCGUAGAAAGAAACGCCGUCGCAAACGCAUGCGCUCCGACACUCGCCUUAGAGAGGAGGACAGCUCCUCAUCAGAUGAGGGGGAGAAGGAGAGGGAGCAAUUUGACCAGGAGAGUCCUGCUGAGGAGAUGCCCAUCACACCUUUCAACAGUAAAUCGGUAUAUUACUCACUGUCUGAGGCACCAUAUGAAGAACGGGGGGCAACCCCAAACAGCAUUCACCCACACUCAGACGGAGAGUGUUCACCCUCAGAGAGUGUAUUCUACAGUCGACCGUCCUCUCCGAAGAGUGACUCUGAACUUCUGGUGAAACCUCAGGACAACUCUGGGCCUCAGAUGCAGUGGAACUGGGGAGGUUUCCCCAAGCUAUGUCAGUCGGAGAGGUCACCGGUGGAGUCUCAGCGCAUCCCUCCUUCAGACAUUUCUCAUUUCUGUACGAUUGAGAGACAGGACUCUUUUGACAUGGACUCUGAGCCCACAAUCAGUUGUGGUCGAAUAGGCAGUGUAACAGUAGUCAGGCCAGUACCCAGGACUUACUCUCUAAAUGGACACCCCCAUUUCACACAAACUACCUCUCCUACAUUAGAGAAAAGCUCUCACAUUGCCCAUUCCACUCCUUCUGAGUCUUUGUUCUCAUUAGCAAUGACUAAUGUUGACUCACCCCAGAUGCUGGCACAUGUUCCUCUGGCACAUACCCUGCUGGCAGGGGAGAAGUUAGCUGAGGAACCCCAAUCCAAGCUGAAACAGGGAAAGGGCAACAACUCCUCUGCUUCUUCACAUAUCCUGGCUAAUGUCUCUCAUGCAAGCUGCUUGGCCGAAAAAGAAAGCACACCUAGUUCUGAGCCUGUUUGCAUUGCAACUGAUUCUCUUAGUUCAUCCGAUUCACUUGUCAGAAAUAGCAUGGCAAAAACGGAAAACAUUCAAAAACAACCUAAAAAAGAAGAAAGUGAAACCUACUCAGCCAAUGCAAACAAGGUAGUCACCAACAACACACCUAGCUUAGCUGCUGAAAGUAUGACAGGCUCAGUCACCACCGAAUUAUCAGCUAACAAAGAAAAUUUAGAGCAGCACCACGCCUUAGUAAAACCAAAUGAACAAGGUCCUGCGGACAGUGUCCCUGUCAGUGAGGGGGACAGUGGGAUUGAUCCCUGUGCUGAAGGAGGGGAAGAGGAGGGUAGUCCUGGAGUGAUUGACAAGGCAACAGAAGGCUCACUGGCCAACCAGGAUGAGGAAAAAGGUGGAGUGGAAGACACCAGGACUAAUUGGGCAGUUGCAGCGGAGCUAGCAAACCGUUCCGAAACAGCUUCUAGAUCAGAGCAACAGGACAAAAAGAAAGGGAAACGUAACCAGCACCUAGGACCAUCAGACAUCUAUCUUGAUGACCUUACCAAAUUGGAUCCUGAGAUGGCUGCACUGUACUUCCCCAAGGGUGAGACGGAGGGAGCAUUUCGGCUUGAGGCAGAGCAGGGCUCUGGCUCACGGAACCAGUCUCCCCAGUCGGUAGGCAGUGGGACUAUGGACAGUGGUACAGACUAUCUGUCAGACUCCACUGCUGACCACAUGGAUGUCAGCAUGUCUCUCUGCGGACACGAGGGCAACACCAGCCAAAUCAAUAAAGAAAAGUUCAUGGCGCAUAUUGUGACCUAUCAAGAUUUUGUCAGCAAUCCAGGAAUCAUUGAAGAUCCAAACCUUGUCAUAUGCAUUAACUCCAAGUAUUACAACUGGGCAGUGGCUGCUCCAAUGGUAUUAUCAAUGCAAACUUUCCAAAAGAAUCUCCCAAAGAGUGCCAUCGAUCAGCUGGUGAAGGACAAAAUGCCCAAGAAGUCUGGCCGUUGGUGGUUAUCCUGGAGGCGGAGAGACAUGGAUACCAACGAGCCAAAUAACCCAAAACAGGAGGAGGUGUCAGUCUCUGUUCCCUCCACAGUUAAGGCCUCUUUGGAUGACAUGGACAGUGAUGAGGAGGCAGGGCUCAGCACAAAAGCCACCAUGCCGGCCAGCCUCUCAACAGAUGCCUUAAACACCACCCAGUGUAUUAGCCAGAUGUACCGCAAGUCACUACGCCUUACUUCUGAACAGAUAGACCGCCUUAACCUGCGUGAUGGUGCUAACAAGGCUGUGUUUAGCGUGACCACUCAGUAUCAGGGUACCUGCCGCUGUGAGGCCGCCAUCUACCUGUGGAACUGGGAUGACCGUGUCAUCAUAUCGGAUAUAGACGGCACCAUCACCAAGUCUGAUGCUCUGGGUCAUAUCCUACCACAGUUUGGCAAAGACUGGACCCACCAAGGUAUCGCCAGACUCUACCAUAAAAUACACCAAAAUGGUUAUAAGUUCCUAUACUGUUCAGCACGAGCUAUUGGCAUGGCUGGCAUCACAAAGGAUUACCUCCAAUGGGUCAACGACAGAGGCACCGUCCUCCCUAAAGGCCCUGUACUGCUGGCUCCCAGCAGUUUGUUUUCAGCACUCCACAGAGAGGUGAUUGAGAAGAAGCCGGAGGUGUUUAAGAUUGCCUGUCUGACCGACAUCAGAGACUUGUUCAACCCCCGGAGAGAGCCCUUCUACGCUGCCUUUGGCAACAGGACCAAUGAUGCCUUUGCCUAUAAACAAGUGGGGGUUCCUGACACCAGGAUCUUUACUGUUAAUCCCAAAGGAGAGCUCACGCAAGAGAGGACCAAAGGCAACAAAUCCUCGUACAGCAUCCUCAGUGAGCUGGUGGAGCAUUUCUUUCCGGCCCUCUCUGUUAAGAGCCACACGUCCUCUUCCUUUGACUGCCCUGAGUACAGCCACUUCGCCUACUGGAGAGAGCCCCUGCCACCACUAGACCUAGACUCUCUGGUGUAGACAGAAACACACAAUCACAGAAGAAUAGGGUCAAUCAUAUUGCCAAAGUUUCCUUCUCUUUUACCUUGUCUCUCUUGCAUUUGCUGUAUUAAAGCCAGACAUGUGAAACACCAGAUAAGUAAUGCCUUUCUUAGGAUACAUGACAAAUUGAAAACUUGUCAUGUAUCUGAAACUAGUCUUUUCUCAUAUGCUUAUGCAGAGUCAAAUUAAUUUAUAAUUUGCAUGACAUAAACAUUAGGGGAAAAAAAUGACUUUGUAGACUACUGGACAAUAAGGGAUUACAUCACUCUCUGCCACUAAUAUUAGCACAUUAGUGUCAAUUUGCAUGUAGUUGCAUGUUCUUACAAUGGACAUGCACACAAGCACAACAGGACACAACUGGACAAAUAAGCCUUUGUUUUUUCCCAUCUGUUAUGACUGUACCGCACUUGAUUCAUAUUGUAUUACCAAAGGUAGCGUACAGCGAGUUACAUGUACUUGCUAAUUGCAACUUUGACACAGAUGAUAUAAAAAAAUGGACCAAAGCAGUCAUACCAGUCAUGAGCGUACAGAAACAGACACUGUAAUAUCAUAGGCCUUAAAUAUUUUAAACGAUGCGUAAACCCUCCUGCUACUGAUGUGACUGUUUAUGUUUGUUUAUUGUGACUGAACUGGCAAAGAUUAUUGCUGCACUGGAAUGAUGCAAUCAAUUUACAUAAAGUACCGCUAAUUAGCGCAUUGAGUUAAACUUCCUAAAAUGAAUGUUGAGGAAGGGCAAAAGAAAAUGUAUGCUUUAUCCCUUCACUUAUUUGUUGUCAGUGUUUUCUGACAACGUGCAAUGUCCCUGGAUGUGACACUGUAUGAACUGGUUAUACAGCUUCAUGUAAUCAGCAACCAAAUCCCAUGUUUAUGUUGUUUCAAAUACAUAAAAAUAUAUUUGAAGUCAUUUUGGUUAUUCUGAGUGUGCGCUCAACUCUUUAUCAUCGAAUGACAGGGUAUUCCUUCAUUUGAGGCUGUUCUUUUUCCACCGUCACAAGAAAAUUCUGUCAAACCCAAUUCUUCUAGAAGCAUAAUGACCAAGGAGAGGGAAACCCCUGUAGACUUCUGGAUGUGAAGUUGGAUUUUGGACACUGAAAUGGAGAAAAUAUGUGUUGUGUUGCAAUGACCACUGAGUUAGGCUUGCAGAGAGGUUAAGAAUAGGUGUUGGUGCUAAUGCAUUGUUCAUGAAUGUGUCAUAUUUGAGGCAUGAGACAGGCUGAGCAAACACUCAACACUGAAUCUAAGCCAGUUUCGCCAAGUUGAUUCCUUUUGAGAUGCUACACUUCCAGGCUUACACUUUUUGUACACUACAUAAAUGAGGAUUGGUUGGGAUUCACAUCAGUUACAGUUUUUGUAAUGUCUAAACUGGCUUUCGGGGGAAUUUUGUGUUAUCGAUUGCUCUGACACUGUGCACUUGUGGUGUAAUUAAACUAUAUUUAUUGAUUAUUUUUGGAGAUCUUUUAAUGUUAUCCGAAGAGUUAAUAAAUUCUGCGAGGAGACUAAUUAAGCUGAGGUUACUAUUUUUUUUAAUCAAAUGUAUCUGAGUGAAAAAAUAAAUCCCAUGG